AUGACGCUCCUAACUUCCCCUAGACGAAUCAUCCUCGGCCUUAUGACUAUCGGACCACCCGGUCUCACCGGGACCCGCAUCACAACCCUUGAAGAAUUCAACUCAUGUCUCGACCUGUUCCAGAAAAGCGGCUACUCCGAGAUUGACACGGCGCGCCUCUACGCGGACACCCAACAAGAAGUCUUUACCCGGCAGGCGAAGUGGCAAGAACGCGGACUGUUAGCCGCUACUAAAUGGUUUCCCUGGCAGGCUGGCGCGCACAGUCCCCAUCGACUGACCGAGGCCUUGAACAAAUCACUGCAGGAAUUGGGCACUGACAGUGUGGAAGUCUUCUAUCUCCACGCACCCGAUCGGUCUGUUCCAUUCGCGGACACGUUUGGGACACUGGAUCAGCUCUACCGUGAUGGAAAAUUUAAGAAGCUUGGUCUCAGUAACUUCUCGGCUUUUGAGGUUGCAGAGGUCGUAAUUAUGUGUUGUGAGCGUGGUUGGGUAAGACCUACGGUAUAUCAGGCCGUCUAUAAUGUGUUCGCACGAACAAUUGAAGCCGAGCUCAUACCCUGCUGCCAACGCUAUGGAAUCGACGUGGUGGUUUUCAACCCACUAGCGGGCGGCCUCCUGAGUGGCAAAUAUAAGCCAUGCGACACUAACGCUUCACAGAAUCCCAAGGAGGGCCGUUUCAGCGACACAUUUGGAUUCCAAGGCAAGGUCUACCGUGACCGCUACUUCAAACCCAGCAUGUUUUCUGCGUUGGAGAUGCUGCAGCCCCUUGUUGGAAAAUAUGGGCUUUCCAUGGCGGAGGUUGCUCUGCGGUGGUGUAUUCAUCAUUCGGCGCUCCAAAUUACAAGGGGCACCCGUAGGGAUGGGGUCAUUGUUGGCUUUAGCAGCAUUGAUCAAUUAACGAGCAACCUAGCGGACCUUGAAAAGGGACCGUUGCCGGAUGAGUUGGUUGCGGCUCUGGAUAGGGCUUGGACGAUGGUAAAGGCUGAUUCCAGUGAUUUUUGGUUCGGUAAUUUGAAAUAUGAAUAUAGUUUUGGGUCUUUGUGA